GACGUCACCGGUUCCGUCCCAACACGGAAACAUGGAAUAGUGGCAGUUACGGUUUCGUCCGUGUUGCUAUGGUUUUAAAGCGACACCACGAGCUCAGAUCUCGUCGUGUUCGGUAACCGUCAGCGCGGCUCUGCCGGUGUUAAGCGGCCGAGGUUGAGUUUCUGACCGAUGGACGCCCGCGCUGGAAACGGAGAGAGAGUUCGACCUCUGUUGUUAGUUCAAUAGCUUCAGUUCUCCGUUUGUUCACAGCCAUGAAAGAAAGUGCUUUCGGGGUCACGAGGGCUCUGGGACGCCUGCUGCUGUUUCUUCUCCUGCUGUCCUGGGAAGGAAAACUUUUUCAGGUUGGAGGGGUCAGAUCAGUCACCCUCCCAGAAUCCCUGCUGUUCGUCUCCACGCUGGACGGUAGUCUGCAUGCUGUCUCCAAACAAACAGGAGACAUCAAGUGGACCUUAAGAGAAGACCCCAUCAUCCAAGUGCCUGUCUACCUCACAGAGCCAGGUUUUCUCCCAGACCCCAACGAUGGCAGUUUAUAUGUACUGGGCGGCAAGUACAAGGAAGGCCUGAUGAAACUGCCUUUUACUAUACCAGAACUGGUUCAGUCAGCACCCUGCAGGAGCUCUGAUGGUAUACUCUAUACAGGUAAAAAGCAGGAUGUGUGGUUUGUGGUGGAUCCUGAGACAGGUGAGAAGCAAACCAGUUUAACCACCUCCACCUCUGAAUCCAUCUGCCCCAACUCUCCUCUGCUCUACAUCGGACGCACAGAAUAUGUGGUUACCAUGUUUGACACCAAGACACAGGAGCUGCGAUGGAACGCUACGUACAAUGAUUACUCUGCUCCUCCUUAUGAUGAAAAACAAGACUACAAAAUGGCCCAUCUUGUGUCGAGUGGUGAUGGCCUUGUUGUGACAGUUGACAGAGAGUCAGGUGACGUCCUAUGGAGUCAGAACUACGGCUCGCCUGUCGUGGGGGUCUACCUGUAUUCUGGUGACUCGCUAAGACACGCCCCCCACCUGUCCCUCGCCAUGGAAACGCUACGUUUCCUCACCUUCUCCUCUGCCAACGACCAGGCAGACGCACACUCCACUUUGAAGUGGAGCUAUCAGUUUGUGAAGGAGCAAGCCAGCGCGCAAACACAACUUGUACCCACUCUCUAUGUUGGAAAAUUGGACUCUCACCUCUAUGCCUCAACCUCCCUUGUCCACCAUGGAGUCUCAUUAGUGCCUCGAGGCCUGACCCUGGCUCGGAUUGAUGGGCCUCUGACGGCCGGAGUGACGGUCAGAGAGCGAGGGGAGUGUGAGAUCACACCGUCCACUGAUGUUCGCUAUCCACCAGGGAGCACCAACAGCCGGAAGAACCACUGGCUGUUGAUAGGCCACCAUGAGCUCCCUCCGGUAGCCCACACCACCAUGCUGAGGGAUUUCCCCGUCACCCUGCAGCGUUCCAGUGAGGCAGUCAUCCCCCCCCGAACUCCUGGCUCCUCUGCCUCCCCGGUGUCCCCUGCCUCCUACUACCACCAGCGAUAUUUCCGGGAACUUGCUGAUAGCCAUAGCGACACUAAUGCCGACAGAGGAGGGGUGGACGGGGGGACUUCAGGACAAGCUCAGAGGCGGGCCCCUGUGCUCCCUGUCUACAUGACUCAGGACCGUCUGACUCUGGCUGUUCUGACACUGCUGCUGGGAGGAUGGCUGGCCUUCGCCCUCACAUACCCUGCUCGUGCAGCCCAGCAGCUCAAAGCUCAGAGGCAACUGGAGGAGGCUUUGGAGUCUCGUCUCCAGCGCAUGCAGACCAACAUGCAGACGAACAAUCAGACAGUGACCUUGGUUUCUUCGGACACAAGCCCUUCUACUGACUCAAACCUGUCCAGUGACUCUGCGCCUGCAUCUGCUGACCCUCCGCCUACUCCUCACAGUCACAGCAGUGGCACCUCAGACGCUGAUAAAAAUGGCACAACUGGGCACAAACCCACAGCAGAAGGAAACAGUGAGGAAGUGCAAGUGGGUAAAAUCUCCUUCACGCCAUCUGAGGUCCUUGGACACGGCACAGCGGGAACUUUUGUCUUCAGGGGUAAAUUCGACGGACGGCACGUCGCGGUGAAGCGAAUCCUGCCGGAGUGUUUUGAGGUAGCGGAGAGAGAGGUGCAGCUCCUCCGAGAGUCUGACACUCACCCCAAUGUCAUCCGAUACUUCUGCACGGAAAGAGACCGCCUCUUCACAUACAUCGCCAUCGAGCUGUGCACAGCAACCCUGCAACAGUAUGUGGAGGAUCCGUCUGGCUUUCCUGACCUGAAUCCUAUAACUCUGAUGGAACAGACCAUGUGUGGCCUUUCACACCUCCACUCACUCAACAUAGUCCAUCGCGACCUGAAGCCUAGAAACAUCCUCCUCUCUGGCCCCAGUGCGCUGGGUCAGGUCCGAGCUCUCAUCUCCGACUUUGGGCUCUGUAAGAAGAUCCCAGAUGGUCGGAGCAGCUUUUCCUUGCGGUCAGGAAUACCAGGAACUGAAGGGUGGAUAGCACCCGAAGUGCUGCGGGAAACGCCUGGAAAUAAGCCGACGGCAGCAGUGGAUGUGUUCUCAGCCGGCUGUGUAUUUUACUACGUGGUCAGCAGAGGGCAGCACCCUUUUGGUGACACACUGAGACGACAGGUCAACAUCCUGUCAGGAGAAUAUUCGCUCUCACAUUUUAUGGAGGACAUACACGAUGACGUCAUAGCGAAGGAUCUGAUCGAGCAAAUGAUCAGUACUGACGCCGAGACACGCCCCUCCACCGCCUGCGUUCUCAAACAUCCGUUCUUCUGGAGCCCAGAGAAGCAGCUGCUCUUUUUCCAAGACGUGAGUGAUCGCAUAGAGAAGGAACCAGCAGACAGUCCGAUCGUUGUCAGGCUGGAAACUGCAGGAAGAGCUGUGGUGCGAACCAACUGGAGGAUGCACAUCUCUGUGCCUCUACAGACAGACUUGCGCCGAUUUAGGACGUAUAAAGGAAACUCGGUCCGAGACCUGCUGAGAGCCAUGAGGAAUAAGAAACAUCACUACCACGAGUUGCCACCAGAGGUGCAGGGGACUCUUGGCGAGCUGCCCGAAGGCUUCGUCAGCUACUUCACGUCACGGUUUCCACGGUUACUGAUGCACACACAUGCUGCUCUGCACAUCUGCGCCCAUGAGAGACUGUUUCACCCCUACUAUUUGCCCCCCAGUGCCAAAUGAAUUUCACAUGACUCUGCACUGCGUAUACUCUUUACACAUUCACACAGACAUACACUGGUGUAUUUUUUGGUGCACGAGGGAAAUCCCAGACAGUGCUCCGUUAUUGCUUUUGUAAAGCCCACACUGUUUUGGGGGGGAAGUUACAGUGCUGUGAAAAAGUUUUUAUAUGCUUUGAUUUGUUUUAUAGAUUAAGUAUAUUUUUCUGCAGCUGUUGCCCAAGAAAUAAUUAAAAAAAAAAUUUUUUAUAAAGCACUACGAAUGCUUAUCUCUGCAAGGGCUGCAUACAUUUAUUAUAUUAAUAAUGGAAAAUAUUUUAAAACUAUAUCUUAAUGUGUAACUCCAUCAGAAUGCACAUCAUGAAAGGAAAUCAUGAAAUGCAGGUGCCAGGUAUUUUUAUUCAGUCAGAUGCAAUUGCUGGGCAGUCUGUUUUCUCCAAACAAAUUCAGGUGAAAGGUUUUUGGUGGAUUUUGUGGAAUUCACCAAACAAGAAGGGAAGCACAGCUGUUCUCAAGCCCAUAUUACCUGAUUUCACUGGACGAUGUUUACAGUUUUGAGAUGUCCUGCUAAUGGACAAACAAACAGAGAAACAGAGGAAAUUAUCUCAUACGUCAUGUGUUAUUUGAAAUAAAUGAUCAACAGUGUGCAACAGUGUCAGAACCAAUGCUGCUCAGGCCCCACAGUCAGAUUUUAGCUACAGGUUUUAGCUUUUAAAAAAGCUUGUAAAUCUGCCUGUGGAGCUAAAACAACCUGAUAAUAGAUUUACAAUGAACCUUGUUGGAUUUCAGAGUGUUAAUAAUUCAGUUCACUAAAAUAUGAGCGUGUUGUUCGGGUGAGGAUCACUUCUGAAUGGCUUUGGAGCCGAGGUUAAAUAACACAACAAAAGAGAGGUGCACAAACUUUGUCACAGCACUGUAGGUAACACAGACUCUGGACAACAGGUUUCAUAAAAAUAGAGCUUGUGUUACAAAGCCGCAUGUCAAAGAAGAAAUUAUUCAAUGUGCUAGUUAAACAGUUUACUUUCCCCAUGUUAGUGUUGCUUCUGUGCUUCUGUUCACUCCUCUAGCAUAUUUCAGUGCCAACAACUCCAUAUUUUCUUUACCGUUUUAAUGCAUUUGAUGUAUGCGUGUGUGUUUAUCCGUUACUGCAUUGCUAAAUGUAGCUACAUUUACCAAAACAAUGCGCUCCGCUGUGUUUUGCACCGAAGGCAGUACAUGAAACAUAACAGUCCAAUGUCAUUGGCGCUGUUAAAAUGUUUGUAAAGCGCAUGUGCUAUGAUAAAUUUGUCACCUGUGUGUCUGAGCAGUAAUGCAGAAACGACAAACGACAGUUGAAGGUACAGACACGUGUGGGCCAUUCUGUGCUGUGCAGUAUGUUGCAUUGGAUUAGCAAAACCCUACACAGCUUCAGAAAAGGCUGCUAGCCAUGUGAAAUCCCACCCACCCCACCCUGUAACUAACUACUGGACGGUUUGCUUAUAAGUCUGCAGUAGAGUGAAUGAUGAAGAAUCAAACUUUUGUACUUUUUUUUGGAAUGAGAGAAUUAAAUCGAUGCUUUGGGUGUGCCAAAGAAUGAAGUGAA